UGUGCGAAUCAAUCGCGAUGAUGCUGCGGAACGUGUGGCUCCGCCAUGGUGCCUCUGCUCGGCGUCUGCUAUCCACGGCCCCAACCGUAUCGGUGGCUGAAGCUAUGGAACGUUUCCACGAUGUCCCAAAGUUCACGCAGUACCCGCAUUUCUUUCCCGUGAGCAUGUCGCUGCAGGAAUAUCAACAGAAGUUCGAGGACCUGGCACCCAAAGCUCGAUGCACUGAGGAAUCCGUGGCACUGGCAGGACGCGUGGUUGCCAUCCGCCAUGCCAGCAAAAACCUCGUGUUCCUGGAUCUGCAAAGCGAUGGUCACACGGUGCAAGUUCUGUCCGAGGUGAAGCACUUUGAAGGCCGCGGUGAUAACGCUGCUGAUGAUAAAGAGGCGGCAAAGAAGGAGUUUCGAGCGCUGCAUGAGAGUUUACGUCGCGGUGAUAUCAUCGGAGUGAAGGGGUUCCCGGGCAAGUCUGGCAAAGGAGAGCUGAGUAUCAUCCCGAGGCGAUUGGAAGUGUUGGCACCUUGCAUCCAGCCCUUCCCGAACAGCAAAUACGGCAUCAAGGAACCGGAGAUCCGCUUCCGAAAGAAAUACCUGGAUCUAUUGACGAAUCCGGGCGUGCGUCCGAUUUUCGAGACGCGUGCGAAGGUUGUGAGAGGAAUUCGGAGGUACUUAGAAGACCGCAACUUUAUCGAGGUCGAGACGCCAAUGCUGUUCUCGGCAGCAGGCGGUGCAGCUGCUCAGCCGUUCGUGACCAACUCACGGGCGCUUGGCAAGGAUCUGUACCUUCGUAUUGCACCCGAGCUCUUCCUUAAGCAGCUUAUCAUCGGAGGCUUCGACCGCGUAUUUGAGAUCGGCAAAGUCUUCAGAAAUGAAGGCAUCGACGCCACGCACAACCCGGAGUUCACCAUCUGCGAGUUCUACCAGGCUUAUGCAGACUACAACACACUCAUGGACACUGCAGAAGAAAUGAUCUCUGGUAUCGCUAAAGACGUCACUGGAUCGUACAAAAUUCAGUACCCUAUGGACGAGUCUUCGGAGGGCUUGGAGGAUGAGCCUGCUAUGGUGGAGAUCGACUUUACGCCGCCAUUCAAGCGCCUCCCGAUCCUUGAAACGCUCGAGGAAUGCCUCGGCGAGGAGCUACCGGACGUCAAUUCACCAGAUUCAAUUCCGGCGCUCCUGGAGCUGUGCGAGCGCCACAACGUGGAAUGUGCUAAGCCUCAUACAUGCACACGGCUGGUGGACAAGCUUAUUGGACACUUUGUCGAGCCCAAGUGCGUGAAUCCGACGUUCCUGUACAACCACCCGAAGUGUAUGAGUCCGCUAGCCAAGGCGCACCGCGAACAGGAAGGUGUUACGGAGCGGUUUGAGCUGUUUGUUGCGGGUAAAGAGCUCUCCAAUGCGUACACAGAGCUGAACGACCCGUUCGACCAGCGCCAGCGGUUCGCAGCGCAGCAGGCGGACCAGCAGCGCGGCGACAAUGAGGCACACAGCAAGGACGAUGAGUUCUGCACUGCGCUCGAGUAUGGCCUGCCGCCCACAGGCGGUUUUGGCAUUGGAAUCGAUCGCCUGGUCAUGCUGCUCUCAGGCAAGCCCCAUAUCCGGGAGGUGAUCAUGUUCCCGGCCAUGAAGCCCAAGGACGACGUGGAGCAGCCGUGAGCCGUGAGCCGUGGCGCUUGAAAACUCCGCAGCUCGUUGAACUUGGCUACCUUCAACGUGCGAACGGCUCCCUGUUUAACAAUCCGUUACGCACCAAGCAGAAGGAGAUUCGUCAGCGAGGACAUGUACUACGUAGUAGGGAGGCCCCCAGUAUUUUAGGGCUCUAGGCUAGGAUUCCUUUCGAAGGAAGCAAUAGACGCUGAUGCAUUUUAGACGCUGGGCGGCCAACCCUGUCAGAGAC